AUCGAACACAUCCCUCGAAGUGAAAUCCCACAAAUAUUUUUCUCGAAAUCAAAUCACAACAAAAAUCAAACUGGGAAAGUCGUCUUCGUCUUCUUCUUGCUUAUCGCUCGCGUGUGUUUUUGGUGUGUUGUGUCGCCAUUUCAUGCGCUCUUGGUGUUUAUAAAAUUUUUGAAUAUUAUUUUACUAUUUUAGUGUAACACAAACCCACAAUAAGAUGGAAAAAAUCACAGUUCUCCAAACUCGUGAGUUACCUUCGAAACACAAUUUAUUCGAUCAAGAGAAAGAAUUACGUGAACAACUUCACGUAGAGAUUGAAAAGAAAUCCAAAGCUUGCUCGAACCCCACAUACGAGUGUUCCAUACCGCGAUUAGAUGGAUAUGAAUUUUGCAUCCGUCAUAUAUUAAAAGAUCCCCGCGCACCAUUCCGACCAUGUGCCUACACCUUUUCCAAUGGCAAGAAAUGCCCUCAGGCAACUCCGAAGCACGACAGGAAGAAGGAUCCUUCUAUGACUGUUUACUGCUUUGAACAUAGUCGUCUGUCGCAAUUGACAACGACUCGCAAUUCAAUUGGAAAGUUAAAGCAGGUUGAUACCAAUGAAGUGCUUUUGAAUGGCUUGUCCCACCAUUUAAGCAUCGAACCAUCCUCGCCACCACCGCCGCCGAGCUGUGAAGUCGACGAAGAGAUCGAUGUUGUUUCUCCAAAUAUUCAACAAUUUGUAAAUUAUGAACAAAUCUCAGAUUUGAACACUGUCAACAGUUUGAUAAAAAAGAAACGACGAAUUCUCGACUAUGCCUCGGACAGUUCGACGGACGUGGAACCAGUUACUUUGCAAAACACGUCGAAAGGACACGAGUGGGAUAUUUCAGAUGACGAAAGUGUCGAUUCACAGGAUGAGGAUUUGCUUAAACAUGCUGGCAUUUACACUAACGAAGAAGCUCUUGCUAUAUCAAAGAAGAAACUUAUAAACCUACAAAAUCUGUAUAUGGAACAGAUUAAUCGAUUGCAUCAUAUUUUAAAGGAAAAGCGCCGAAGGUACUUGCAUUCGAUUCGCAAAGAAAGAGAAACAUUGUGCAGUAUUCAUGAACAACAAAAGCGAUCACCAGGCGAACGUAGUUUGUACGAAAAACUUAAAGCACUUAAUCACUACCAUCGACGUCAUGGCAUCGAAGCUGUGUUGCAUAGAAAAUUUAAAGAAAAGCGUGCUAAAACAAACGAUGGCAAUGUUUCCAAAGGUCUGCCCUUUGUUAAGUGCAUUUUUACUGAAGGUGGUGUGAAAUGCGGCGAAAGAACUAUGCCCAGUUGCAAGUACUGCAGGAAACACAUUCUCGAGGACAAGAAACAAAUACUCUUCCGUGCGUGCGGAGUUGAAAAAAGUGGCGUAGUGUGUCAGGAACCGGUGCCAAAUAUAUUUGAAGAUGCUACUUGUGUCCUUCACAUAAGCUUACCAACCAAAAAACAAUACAUUCAGAAGAAAUACGAGUCAGAGACAGAAGAGGAUGAUGAAGACAUUUCCGCUGCAGCUAUCGUGGAGGCAGCAACAACAGGAGUUAAUUCGUUGUUUAUUAAAUCGACCGAUGGUAGCGCAAUUGCCAAGAAGGAAGAGCCAAACUCGAAAAAAUUGGACACUUCUAUGGAAAUAGAUAUAGUUGAGGAACCAAAUAAAAAUGUGACCAUUUCUCACGAUGAAAAACCUUCUGAAAUAGAAAUAAAACAAGAGCCAUCAACGGCGGCAGGUGCGUUGGCGCCGCCGACGUCUGAACAAAGUGCUAAAGAUGAGGCCGUGGCAGUUGUUGAGUCAAAAGUUGCCAUUGAACCGACUAUAAUUGGUUGUUGUCAAAAUGACAAUUGCCUGGAAACGGAGAGAGAAACGUCAUUUCGCUUUAAGAAAAUUUAUAAACAAGCAAAGCACGUGUGUCAUUUCGCGGCGUUUAUUCUUUUUCAAAUUAUUGUAAAUUAUAAAUUUUCUAAAAGACAAAAAUCUAAAGGAGCCAUGACUAAAUUCAUAGCAUAUUAUAGUUUGUGUCCCAUACAUGAUACUAAAGAAUUUCUGGGCCUGUCACCCGAUAGCGAUAGUGGCAAUAUUAUUGCAACACUUGGUCGGAACAUAGCCAUCGUGAUAAAAAUAUCAACUCAGAAGCAAAUCCGAAGCUGGUCUAUGCUUGAAAAAUUCUCCAGCAAAGUGGUGUACGAUCACAAGAGUCAACAAUACGUUGGAGUCAUUGCCAAUCGCUUUCUUAGGCUAUGGGACGAAAAUGUCAGUGAUAUUAACAAGUGCAAGAAGCUCAAAUUCCACAAGAAUAUAGCUGAACUGGUGUAUAGUUUGGAUGAAACAUUGGUUGUGUAUGCCGAUGGGUCAUGUGAAUACCUAUCUUCUGCUAUACAGUCAAGAAAAGAACACACCGGAGAUAAUCUUCAAAUGGAGAUGCUAUCAACAGUACCCAUAAUUGAUCCAAAACUAGUCGAAUCAAACGAUGGACGCAAGUUCUUGACUUAUUUCCAAAAGGAAGAAUCCAAACCAUUGGAACUCGUAACAGUGGAAAUAAGUUCAUCUGGUCUUAAACCAAUUGAUAGCAGCAAAAAAUUAGUUCUUAAUCGAACUGGACAAGGUGUUUCUGUAUCUGGAUACUCAGUGAUCGAAGGAGAAAGCUCGCCAGCUUUGCUCACCAUUUGGUCUGAUGGAAGAGUAUUUCUGGGAAAUUUUCUCGUCGAUGACUUUCUGUACAGCCGUAAUUCUCCGGGACAAUUCGUUUCGAUGUUCAAUGACCUCAAAGUCGAUACACCUCUAACCAUUCUCGGAUUAUCAAAACAUUGUGUAGCCAUUUAUGGCGCCAAUAGCACACAAGAAGGUGGUUCGCUUCUCCUCUACAACACUCAAUUCAAAGUCAUCAAAGCCAAACAAUUUUUCAAAAUUUACUUCGACUAUUCCCGUUUGUGGUUGGUUGGAUCAAGUAUACUCCUGGCAAUGGGACAAAACUUAUCAGUUGUAUCAUAUCAAAUGAGCAAAGAAACUCUCUCGGACUUGGUCGGAUCACAAAUAUCCAAUGACUUUUCGGCAUCUGUUGCUGCUGAGUUUGUAAAUGAAGAAGAAGAUCUGGAAGAGCAUCUGUGCUUAGCUGAAAAUCAAACACCAUUAUUAAAAAAACCUUUGAGAAAUUUUAAACAAAAAGAAGAAAACAACAAGAAGAAUGAAGGAAUUGUUAAGUUUGAAAAAGUUGCAGAUGGUAAAACAGUGCCCUUUGAGGAUGAUCAAAAGUUCUAUAAGGAAUUGAAUAGGCUUAUCAAUCAAGAUGUUCAAGUCGAACUAGUGCAAAUAGAAUCAGCCUCUCAAGACAUUGAGGUUAAUCUUAUGGCCAAUUUCAGUGAUACUGGAUUUGUCAGUGAAGAAGUACAAAUUAUAGCAAAACAGCUAGAACUCUGUGGUGCAAGUGAGCACGAAAUAACCGAAAAGCUUCUGUCGGUGCUAAUUGAGGCGGACAUGGUCGAAGAUAUAGCUGUAUGCCUUCGAAGGUACACCAAUAUAUCGGAGAGAAUUUUAGUUAAAACUUUAAAGUAUGUCCUGAAGGAUUUCAAAAUAACGCCAAAUGAGAAUCAGGAAGAUUCUGAAAAACCCUUAACCAAUGGCGACCAUAUGGAGGUUGAUAUUCCCAAUGAUGAUAACGAAUUACCCAAUAUUGACCUUCUGGAAAGCUCAUACGAAACUAAAAGUGUUAAAAGUCGAAACGAUUUGAUAAACAUCAUUCUUUCUUGUUCCUUUGAUUGUAAAAUUAUUUGCUCACACAUUUCGCGAGAAAUCGAGUAUGAGGAAGCCUUGGUAAUGUUGGAAUAUCUAUACACACUAAUUACGAGUGAAAGUCAGUGUCUGGAAGAAAGACCCGAUUGUCCGGAUAAGAUUGAUGAUGAUUUACGAAUUCUUAGAUGGUUUGGGGUUUUUUUAAAUACUCAUUUUCAAAAAAUGACCCUCUCCAAAGAUCCAAAGCUGGCUGACCUGUUAAUAAAGUGGGACGAUGUCUUUCAGGGAUAUAGAAAGCAAACUUUUCAACUCCAACGGAUUUCGGCUCUUUUGUAUAAUAUUGUUGGAAAGAAAUUAAUUAGUAAGGAGAAGAACUAUUCGAAGUGGUAUUCAAUUGAAGAAGUUCGGCUGUUUUGAGCGACCAGGAUGUAGAUACUAAGUAGUAGUUUUAAUAUAAAUAUAUUGUUAUUUAAUUGUAAAGUAAAGUGCAUGAUAAUAAAUCAUGUAGACCAAUUAAAAUGUGUGCUUCUCUUAUACAAA